AUGGUCAACGGGGCCAUGGCCCGGCUAUCUGGAGGUUACCGUUCACCCGCGCUUUUUGGUGCCGUAAUCGACGCCGUAUCGGGAUUUGUUGAUACGGUAACGGACGCCGUAGACGGCAUUCCGUUUGUAGAAACCGCCGUGUCCUUGGCCCUGCGUCCCGUUACCGGUGCACUAGAAACAGUUGACCGUGUGGUGAACGAAGUGGAGAAUGUGGUGGGGGCUAUCAACUACAUUGCCGGAAAUGAUGAGACUGUGGAGGACACCGGGAGUAGCGGUGGGAGUGAGAGCUGCCCCGGUUGCCCGGCGGCCUGGAUGGGGGACGGAUUCUGUGACGACGGUUGCUUUACGGCAUCCUGCGGCUUCGAUCUGGGGGACUGUGACGGGGUGACUGCAUCUGAGUCGGACUGUGCGUACGGAUGUUUCGACUACUACAUUGCAGACGGUAUCUGCGAUGUAGCAUGCAAUGUAGCCGGCUGUUCCUACGACGGUGGCGACUGUGAUGCGCCAGCCAGCAAGUACUGUCACCUGACACACGUCAGCGACACGGUCCCGGGGUAUCUAACCGUGGGUAACGGCGGCGAUCUGCUCAUGACACUAGAGAAGCCUACUGUGCGUUGGUACAUUGACUACGUGAACACUGAGUCUUUCCGUCUGAGUCACAAUGGCUUGUACAUGGAUGCAGGGUGA